AUGUGGUGGUGGGGAAAGGUCCUCCCUCCCCAGGCCGCCGAGUUGACACGUGUCUUUCCAAAUAACAAACUUCCCUCCUUCCUUUCUCCCCAGCUUCUGCCUUUCAUAGCCUCAGGGGGACGCUGGAGGCAGCCCCAGGUGGCCUGCAGCACUAAGGAAGAAAGCGCUGCAAGAACCGUCGGGCGGUACCCGGUACCCAACAAGAAGGACAUGCCAUAUGACAUCGUGGAGCUCAUGGAGGAAGUAGAAAUGAAGACUGGAUUUCUGCCCAAUGUGUUCAAAGCCAUGUCUCACCGACCUGCUGAAUUCAGAGCUUUUUUUGCUUAUUACAAUGCCAUUAUGAACAAAGACACAGGGCGACUCAGCAAGGCAGACAAAGAGCUCAUAAUUGUGGCUACAAGCGCUGUGAAUAGAUGUCCCUACUGUGUGGUUGCACAUGGAGCACUUCAUCGGAUAUAUUCUAAGCAGCCAGCGCUGGCUGACCAGGUCAUUGUGAACUGGAAGCUGGCUGACCUGAGUGACCGGGACCUGGCAAUGCUGGAGUUUGCUCUUGCAGUCUGUCGAGCUGAUAACAUCACUGAAGAGCAUUUUCAGAAGCUGGAGAGGCAUGGUUUUGACCGUGAAGAUGCCUGGGACAUAGGCAUGAUUUCUGCUUUUUUUGCUAUGUCUAAUCGCAUAGCUCAUUAUAUUGACCUGCGCCCAAACAAGGAAUUCUACACCAUGGGCAGGACGCCCUGUGGAGAGAAGGGGGAUGCUGAGCACGCCUGACGUGGCUCUCUGAUGCGCUUCCAAGAUUGAUGAAUCUCCUGGUUA